AUGUCGUAUCGUGCGACGCCCUUAUCACGUGGGCAUAGCCCUGCCGAACUUUGCAUGGAUAGACAAAUCCGAACAAAGGUGCCAGUUAAGCCAGAAACACUCAUCUCAAAAUGGCCUUAUCUAACAGAGGUGAAGGACAAAGAAACUGAGCUGUGCGACAACCAAAAACGGAAUUAUGAUCACCGUCAUCGCGUCAGAAAUCUUGCACCGCUCAAUCCAGGAGAUCGCGUUUGGAUAAAGGACAGUGGAACUCGUGGAGAGGUCGUGAAAUCUGCACCGACCCCUCGAUCCUACGUCGUUAAUACACCAACAGGCGGAGUGCGUAGAAACCGUCGCCAUAUCGUACCAACGACUGGACCGAAACUUCCGGAACCGAUAGAGUACGAUAACAUUCCUACAGCUAGUGUUACGCGACCGCCGAUCGUUGACCACCACCAGAAUCGUACCGAGCCCACGUCGCGUCCGAUGGAAAGUACACGUAAUGGCUACCAAACAAGAUCUGGACGGAUGUCAGUGCCGCCAAAGAGGAUGGACUUAUAA